AUGUCCACUACAGCAGAACAUCAAGAAGCCGAUAUCGACUCAAUUGUUGAUAGAUUACUAGAAGUUAGAGGAUCACGUCCAGGUAAACAAGUGACUUUAGCUGAACACGAAAUUCGUUAUCUUUGUACGAAAGCUAGAGAAAUUUUCAUUCAACAGCCUAUUUUAUUGGAGUUGGAGGCACCAAUCAAGAUCUGUGGGGAUAUUCAUGGUCAAUACUAUGAUUUAUUAAGAUUAUUUGAAUACGGUGGAUUCCCUCCUGAGGCUAAUUACUUGUUUCUUGGUGAUUAUGUCGAUAGAGGUAAACAAAGUUUAGAAACCAUUUGUCUUUUGUUGGCUUACAAGAUUAAGUAUCCCGAAAACUUUUUCAUUCUUAGAGGUAACCAUGAAUGUGCUUCAAUUAAUCGUAUUUAUGGAUUUUACGACGAAUGUAAACGAAGAUACAAUAUUAAACUUUGGAAAACAUUUACUGAUUGUUUCAACUGUUUGCCAAUUGCUGCUAUAAUUGAUGAAAAAAUAUUCACCAUGCAUGGUGGUUUAUCUCCUGAUUUGAAUUCAAUGGAACAAAUUAGAAGAGUUAUGCGUCCAACUGAUAUUCCUGAUGUUGGAUUAUUGUGUGAUUUAUUGUGGUCUGAUCCUGAUAAGGAUAUCACUGGUUGGUCAGAAAAUGAUCGUGGUGUGUCUUUUACUUUUGGUCCUGAUGUUGUUUCUCGUUUUUUGCAAAAGCACGAUAUGGAUCUAAUUUGUCGUGCCCAUCAAGUUGUUGAAGAUGGGUAUGAAUUUUUCAGUAAACGACAAUUGGUUACUUUAUUCUCAGCACCAAACUACUGUGGUGAAUUUGACAAUGCUGGUGCAAUGAUGUCGGUUGAUGAAUCGUUGUUGUGUUCGUUUCAAAUUUUGAAACCAGCCGAUAAAAAGCCAAGAUAUCCUUCUUCAGCUUCUUCAUCGGUUGGUGGUGGUGCUAAUAGACCAAACCCAAACACCAGGAAACCAAAAAAGGCAACCAAGUAA